AUGCGCCUUUUGAACUUUCUGGCCUUGCCCGUUUUGGGGUCACUUACUGGUCAAGCGAAUUCACUAAGCACUGUUUUUUCCAAUAUCAGCAGAAAGAUGUCCUCGGAAGUAGAAAAAGCCAGGACUUCUGUGCAUACUCAUGGACCUACGAUUUUUUCGAAAAUUAUUAACAAAGAAAUCCCAGCUGAUAUAAUUUAUGAAGAUGAUGAUUGUCUUGCUUUUAGAGAUAUCAGUCCUCAAGCUCCAACACAUUUUUUAGUUAUUCCGAAAAAGCAAAUUCCGACACUUGAUUCAGCAAGUUCAGAACACGAAAAGUUAUUAGGCCACUUAAUGCUUGUAUGCAGUCAAGUUGCUCAGAAAGAAGGAUUAUCUUCUGGUUAUCGUGUUGUUGUGAAUAACGGCCCUGAUGGUGCACAAUCUGUUUAUCACUUACAUCUUCAUGUCCUUGGCGGUCGACAAAUGAAAUGGCCACCUGGUUAA